AUAAUUUUUGUCUACAGAAGUCAUUGUGUCUUCCGUCGCAAAAAAAAGGAAGAAAAAGGACCAAUCGUCCGUCCGCAAUCCGCACGGUGCCCAGUCAAAAGCCAUGGCCGCCGCCUACGACCGCGCGGCGGACCUCCGCGCGCUGGACGCCACCUUCUCCGGCGUCCGGGGCCUCUUCUCCUCCGGCGUCACCGACCUCCCCCGCAUCUUCCGCGUCGCCGCCCCCGAACCUGUACCUGUAGCCGCGGAACCUCCCAGCAGAGCCACCACCGUCCCGGUGAUCGACCUCGGCGGCGGAGACCGCGCCGCCGUGGUCUCCGCCGUCCGCGCUGCCGCGGCGGAGUGGGGGUUCUUCCAGGUGACGGGGCACGGGGUACCCGAGGCGGCGAUGGCCGCGGCGGUGGAGUCCGUGAGGGGGUUCCACGAGGCGGACGGCGGGGAGGGCAGCGAGAAGGCGAGGCUCUACUCGCGGGAGCCCGGGAAGGCGGUCAAGUACCACUGCAACUUCGACCUCUACCAGUCCCCCGUCGCCAACUGGCGCGACACGCUCUACCUCCGCAUGGCCCCCGACCCUCCGGCUCCCGCCGACCUGCCCGAUAGCUGCCGCGAUUCUCUUCUUGAGUACGCCAAACAAGUGAAGAAUUUGGGCAACACUUUAUUCGAGCUGCUCUCAGAAGCUCUUGGGCUUAAACCGAGCUACCUGGCAGAUAUCGAUUGCAACCAAGGACAGAUUAUACUCUCCCACUACUACCCUCCAUGCCCACAGCCUGAACUCGCCAUCGGGACAAGCCGGCAUUCAGACUCUGGCUUCCUGACGAUACUUCUCCAAGACGAAAUUGGCGGCCUCCAGAUCCUCCAUGAUGACCAGUGGGUCGAUGUUACGCCAACCCCUGGAGCAUUCAUCGUGAACAUUGCCGAUCUCCUACAGCUGAUCUCCAACGACAUGUUCAGGAGCGUGGAGCAUAGAGUGGUGGCAAAGAAUGCUGAGCCGAGGGUCUCGAUCGCAUGCUUCUUCAGCACGCAUUUCCACCCAGCUUCGACGAGGAUGUACGGUCCGAUCAAGGAGUUGUUGUCUGAUGAGAACCCACCGUUAUAUAGGGAAACACUUGUCAGAGAUUAUGUUGCGCGCUACUAUUCCAUCGGGCUAGAUGCUAAAACUGCUAUCUCCGAGUUCCGGUUGUGAAUACGGCGAGAGUCUCUGUGUUGUAUCGGACAAGGUGACUUACAGUAUACAUGUACUCACGGGUUGAAUAAUGCGUCGUGUGUAACGUUGGGAAAGGGGAGAAUAAAAAGACAACACGAUGUUUAAAAUUAAUUACAUUCUCUGUAUGUACUCAUGGUAUCUUUGCUCCCAUUUGUCAUGA